AUGAAAAACACACAGUUACAAACUGUACAGAAACAUUUGAAUGAAAUAAAUAAGAUCAUUUCUGACAUCAAGGAUGAAAUCAAUUCACUUGAGGAUGCUUUAGAGUCCAAAGACAUUUCCAAAUUCUGUAAUUUUAAGUCUGACCUAGAAAAAUAUCGAAAGCUUCCAACAAACAUUGCUCUUUCUGUACCCAAAUUCAAACCAGAAAGAAUCGAAGGAGUACUUUGUAAACUGUUUGGAUUUUUAACACCAAGGCUAAUAACUUCAGAUGGAUAUAACCAUGAUAACUACAGCAUGAAGACCCCACAGAAAUCACCAGAAGCUGGAUGUUCAUGGCCAGUCAAACAGCUGCUUGGUGAACCACAGACUAUUGCCACCUUACACACUGAUAAGGAAUAUAUUCAAUACCAUGUUGCCUAUCAAGGUGAUGGAAAAAUCUGGACCUGUGGAGGUAACAACACUAUAAAACUUUACAGCAUUAAUCAGGGAUCACUCCUUAAGUCAAUCACAACCAAGUCAGGACUCUGGCCAUACGAUAUUGCGAUGACAAAAAGUGGACAUCUAGUUUAUACCGAUUACAAUGAUAGAACUGUGAACAUUGUGAAGAAUGAGAAGAUAGAAGAGGUGGUAAGAAUGAAGAACUGGAAACCUGAGGGUGUCUGUAGCGCCUCUUCUGGUGGUUUCCUGGUUAUCCUAAUGAGUAAAGUUAAAGAACAAUCAAAGGUUGUCUGUUACCAUGGCUCAAAAGAAAUAAACAGCAUUCAGUUUGAUGAUUUAGGGAGACCUCUCUAUUCGAAUUCUAAAACAAAAUACAUUACUGAGAACAGGAACUUGGAUAUCUGCGUGUCUGACAACCAGGAUGGACAAUUCCUCCGUUACAUAGACUGCGGAUUAAGACAGCCCUGGGGACUGUGUGUAGAUGCAAAUGACAACCUGUUUGUUGCUCUGUACGAGGAAAAACAAGUGAAGAAAAUGAAGCAUAUGCAGUAA